AAUUGAUAUCAUUUUGUGUGCAGAACAUAACAAUUUUCUCAUCUAUAUUCAUUUGCAGUCGCUGUAAAUGUUUUCAAAAAAGAAUACAGCAAAGCAGACCUCAACUCCAGGGUCCUCCAAUGCUAAAAACAAGGAUCCUGCUGCUCCUGUUGAAACAGGCCAAUCAAAAACUGAACCAGCACCAAAAGAGGGUGCAUCUCAACCACCUACAGAUGCUAAAGCAACAUCAAAACAACCUGAGGCCGUUCCAACCUCUGAGACAAAGGAAAAACCUGAUAUUGUGAGUGAUGCAAAAGUCCCUCCUCAACCUGGAAGUGAUCUACCUGUAGACCAGAAGUCCACUCCACAACCAUCUCAGCCUCAACCGGAAGUUAAAGUACAAGCUCAACAACCAGCAACAAUCAGCAGUCCCCAGGCUCCUGCAGGUCCCACUGUUCCUCCUGCGGCGGCCCCUUUAACGACUCAGCCAGCACCCAAACCGACAACAGAACCACAAGCUCCAGGGGUUGCUCCAGCAGCAACACAAGUACCAGCUCCACAACCACCAGCAGCAGUCAGUCCCCAGGCUCCUGCAGGUCCCACCGUUCCUCCUGCGGCAGCCCCUUUAACGACUCAGCCAGCACCAAAACCAACAACAGAACCACAAGCUCCAGGGGUUGCACCUACAUCAAAGGAAGCACCCGCAGCCCCCACCAUUCCUCCUGGGGCAGCCCCUUUAACAACUCAGCCAGCACCAAAACCGACAACAGAACCACAAGCUCCAGGGGUUGCACCCACAUCAAAGGAAGCACCAGCAGCCCCCACCGUUCCUCCUGCGGCGGCUCCUUUAACAACUCAACCAACACCAAAACCAACAACAGAACCACAGCCUUCAGCGACUGCACCAGCAGCACCAGCAAAGCAAGUAGUGGAUGCCCAAGCUGCAAAGGACAAGAAACCCGAAACGCCUGUCCGAGCUGUUACUUUUGAGGCAGGCCCUUCCAAAACCGAACCAGCACCAACAGAAGGUAAAAAACCACAAGAUGCUAAAACAGCAACAAAACAGGUUGUGGACCUUCCAACAUCAAAGGAACUGGAAAAACCUGGUCCCACCAUUCCUCCUGUGACAGCUCCUUUAACGACUGAACCAACACCAAAACCAACAACAGAACCACAAGCUCCAGGGGUCACACCAGCAGCAAAGCCAGUAGUGGAUGCCCAAGCUGCAAAGGACAAGAAACCAGAAACUCCUGCUACUGUGAGUGCAAAAGGCCCUCCCCAAGCUGUAAGUGAUCAGCCUGCAGACAAGAAGCCCAUUCCAGCACCAUCUCAGCCUCAACCAGAGAGUAAAGCUCAAGCUCCACAACCAGCAACAGCAACCAGUCCCCAGGCUCCUGCAGGUCCCACCAUUCCUCCUGUGGCAGCCCCUUUAACAACUCAGCCAGCAGCAAAACCGACAACAGAACCACAAGCUCCAGCAGGUGCACCAGCAACAAAGCAAGCGCCGGCUCCCGCCAUUCCUCCUGCAGCAGCCCCUUUAACAACUGAACCAACACCAAAACCGACCACAGCACCACAACCUUCAGCAACUGCACCAGCAGCAUCAGCAAAACAAGCAGUGGCUGCCCAAGCUGAAAAGGACAAGAAACCAGAAACGCCUGCUCCACAACCAGCAGCAGCAGUCAGUCCCCAGGCUCCUGCAGGUCCCACUGUUCCUCCUGCAGCAGCCCCUUUAACGGCUCAGCCAGCACCAAAACCAACAACAGAACCACAAGCUCCAGGGGUUGCUCCAGCAACAAUGCAAGUACCGGCUCCACAACCAGCGACAGCAGUCAGCCCCCAAGCUCCUGCAGGUCCCACCAUUCCUCCUGCAGCACAACCGGCAACAGAACUUCCUGCGGCGGCCCCUUUAACGACUCAGCCAGCACCAAAACCGACAACAGAACCACAAGCUCCAGGGGUUGCGCCCACAUCAAAGGAAGCACCAGCAGCCCCCACCAUUCCUCCUGCUGCGGCCCCUUUAACAACUCAACCAACACCAAAACCAACAACGGAACCUCAACCUUCAGCAACUGCACCAGCAGCAAAGCAAGCACCGGCUCCACAACCAGCAACAGCAGCCAGUCCCCAAGCUCCUGCAAAACCGACAACAGAACCACAAGCUCCAGCAGGUGCACCAGCAGCAAAGCAAGGACCAGCAGCCCCCGCUGUUCCCCCUGUGGCGGCGCCAUCAACAACUCAACCAACUCCAAAACCAACAACAGAACCACAGCCUUCAGCAACUGCACCAGGAGCACCAGCAGCACCAGCAAAGCAAGCAGUGGAUGCCCAAGCUGCAAAGGACAAGCAACCUGAAAUGCCUGCCGCAUUGCCUGAUUUAGAACAACCAACCCCUGAGGAAACCAAAGUAGCCGAAGAAGAAGCAGCUAAUGCACUCAAAAUAAAAUUAAUAUGCAACUUGUUAAAACAAUGCCCUCCGGGUGAAUUCAAGAAUGUCUUUGAAGACCUUCGCUUUCUGCUUUCUGAUGAUAAACUCAUGAAGCACGACGUUGCUCAGAUGUGUGCUAAUCAUUCCAAGAAAAAUUUCACCACUACACACGUAAAAGGGGAAAGUGUUCUGGUGACUCGCCAUAAUGACAUGGAAGGGGAUCGCUUCUUUGAUCCACAGAUCAAGCUUUCCUUUACAUUCGAUCACCUGAACAGGAGAGCUGACAAAAUUCUGCUUUAUUGUAAUAUCAGGAGAGAUAAGGCAGAAUUAUGGAGAGAAACCCUUAAUGUGACCUUGGAAGCAUACAUGGAGAGGCAUUUCAUUUCAGGAGUUUGUCGGGUUUACAGAAAAACAAUUAGAAAUAGGCCAUAUCUUGUGGUCUGCAUGGAAAGCCACCAGAAUAGGAGAUUCUGGAACAUUCACUGGAAAUCAGAGUGGAUAAUUGCAGUCACUCCGCCUGUUUCCGAAAUCAAAGGGGACUUAAAAGUACAGCUUCAUUAUUUCAAAAAAGCCAAUCUUCACUGGACAGCAAGUAAUACUGUUGAAGGUUCCAUAUAUUUAAUUCAUCGGGACCAAUUUGCCUUGGAUUUUGAGAAAUUUAUUGAAGCUGAAGAUAACAAAUUUCAGAUGGAUCUUGUGAAAAGCCUCUACGAUUUGUCAAAUGAAACAUGGAGAGAGUUUCGGAGAAGGCUCCCAGUUACUCGCACUUCAAUCUCUUGGGAUAUACUGAUGAUGACUUAGAGAAAAGAAGUGAAGGCCACUGGAAAUGAUGAAUCAUUGUAGUUGCUGCAGUGCCUGUGUGAAUGAAAUAAUGACCAAAUAGAACAGUUGUGUAGUACAUUCCAACUGAUCUUUUUGAUUUGUUGUUCGAUGGUUCAUGAAAACAUGCAGUCCUUCACAAUAAACAGUAUCCAGGUCAGUGGUGUCUAGGUUAGUAUUUCUACUUCAUUUCUUUCUUUGAACAAAAGCAAAACAUCAAGAUUGUUUACAGA